CAUUUAUAUCGAAAGUAUCCGACGGAAAUAUUCAUAUAGUAUAUAUUUUAGUAAACAACUUGACGGUUAGAAGACGUUCUCUUUCCUUUUGGUAGUCUUUGUAUGAAUCCAAUAUCAUGAUAUUGGUAACGCUACUGUUAGUAUAUAUUUUUUCUACUGUGACUGCACAGUCCCAAUCGGAUGGCUGCCUAUAUAACCUGCCGAUGCCGACAAAGCCUGAUCCUGAGGAUUGUGUUGGAUAUUUUGCACUUUACGAUAAUGAAUACAUACAACAAUAUUGUCCACCAGGUGCAAAGUACAGCGAUGCUUUGAGUUGCUGUAUAAUAGGGCGUUGCCCCCCAUGCAAUUGUCAAACAACAACCACAAUCUCGUCAGACUCUACAACUUCUGGGAAUGAUUGUAGCAGUGUCGAGACAACUUCUGGUACUACCAGCAAUACAAUAAGCGACUUCACAAACGAUUCUACUGAAGAAACCACAGGUUCAUCUUUUGAAGAUAGCAGUACUGAAUCUCCUCAGUCAUCUUCGACAAGUUCGAGUCCAACGGAUUAUUCCACUGAUACUUCUCCCACUAGCGAAGACACAACGAAUUUGUCAACUGAAACAACGCUUAUUACAAAUGCUUCAGAUGGCACCACUUCCACAACAGAGAUCUCCAGUGACACGUCAACCAGCCAAGGAACUUCGACAAUGACAAGUUCGACCAAUGGUCAGCCGGAAACAUCUCCAACUGUUUCCACUGAUUCCACGACAAAUACUGACAACCCCAUAACAUCACCUGAACCUCCGGGUGGGGAAACAACUACUAAAGAUACCACAACAGAUUCAACUCCAGCUGUGACUUCCACCACGGAGAGUACUACGGAUCUUACAACGACCACUACAUCAUUAACGCCUACCACUACUGAUUCUACUCCAGCUGUAUCUUCCUCUACAUAUCAAACAACAACAACUGGCCCAGCCCCACCAUCAUGCGAGAACUUGAAAACAGGAACCUUCCUUCCAGAUCCAGUUGACUGCAACCGUUAUUAUGUAUGUAGCUAUGGACAAGCCAUACGAAUGCGUUGCCCGCCGACGCUUUGGUUUGAUGUAAAACUAAACGUGUGUAACUAUCCUGAAAAAGUAACAUGUGAUGCAAGUGAUCGUCCUGAAACAUCUCCAGAUUUUACAACAACUACUACAGUCAUAGCAUCUACCACAACUGAUUCUACUCCAGCUGUGACUUCCUCAACGGAAAGUACUACGGUUCUUACAACGACAACUACACCCGAAACACCUACAACAUCCGAUUCUACUCCAGUUGUGACUUCCUCAACGGAAAGUACUACGGUUCUUACAACGACAACUACACCCGAAACACCUACAACAUCCGAUUCUACUCCAGCUGUGACUUCCUCAACGGAAAGUACUACGGAUCUUACAACGACCACUACAUCAUUAACGCCUACCACAACAGAUUCUACUCCAGCUGUAUCUUCCUCUACAUAUCAAACAACAACAACUGGCCCAGCCCCACCAUCAUGCGAAAACUUGAAAACAGGAACCUUCCUUCCAGAUCCAGUUGACUGCAACCGUUAUUAUGUAUGUAGCUAUGGACAAGCCAUACGAAUGCGUUGCCCGCCGACGCUUUGGUUUGAUGUAAAACUAAACGUGUGUAACUAUCCUGAAAAAGUAACAUGUGAUGCAAGUGGUCGUCCUGAAACAUCUCCAGAUUUUACAACAACUACUACAAUCAUAACAUCUACCACACCUGAUUCUACUUCAGCUGUGACUUCCUCAACGGAAAGUACUACGGUUCUUACAACGACAACUACACCCGAAACACCUACAACAUCCGAUUCUACUCCAGCUGUGAAUACAUCAACGGAAAGUACUACGGUUCUUACAACGACAACUACAACCGAAACACCUACAACAUCCGAUUCUACUCCAGCUGUGACUUCCUCAUCGGAAAGUACUACGGAUCUAACAUCGAAAACGUCUACCACAACUAUAUCUUCCUCUACAUAUAAGACAACAACAACUGCCACAGCACCACCAUCAUGCGCAAACUUGAAAACAGGAACCUUCCUUCCUGAUCCAGUUGACUGUAACCGUUAUUAUGUAUGUAGUUAUGGACAGGCCAUACGAAUGCGUUGCCCGUCGACGCUUUGGUUUGAUGUAAAGCUAGACGUUUGUAACUACCCAGAAAAUGUAACAUGUAAUGCGAAUCAGAACUGUCUAAUACAAAUAUUAAGAAAUAGAACAAAUCGUUGCAAUUUUUUGGCUACAAAUUUGGAUGAAAUGGAGAAAAUGCGAUAUCAAAUGAUUUUAAUGGCAUUCAUUUUAAUGUUACCUUACUUAUGUAUAACAAACGCGGAAAUAUUUGAAGAAUGUGAAAAUGAGCCCGACGAUACAUUUGUAAAGAGUUCACAGAGUUGUCAAAUGUAUAUAUAUUGUAAUGGUGACGAUUCUUAUUCAGGAGAAUGUGAUGAAGGUCAAUAUUUUGAUGGUGACGCUUGUGACGAUGCGGAAAAUGUUUACUGCUUUUUGGAUGACGUCGGCGAGUCAGAUCCUGAGGACCCGGUUGAAUCCGAAGAGCCUGAAGACCCGGAAGAAACUGAGGCACCUGCCACAACGAGACCAACCGCUGCAACAACGACCGAAGCCCCACAAAUAACCACCAAUAAUGAUUUGAGUACAAGCACUUUAGAACCGAUUGUCGUUGCGCCAGUAGUAAGGGAUCACUGUCCCACGGUCGAGGAUCCCCAAACAAUCGUAUUCACGGCGAAUACUCAGUCUUGUACAGGCUAUUAUCUUUGUUAUCACGGCCAAGCCAUUGAAAUGCGUUGUACGGAUAAUUUACACUUUAAUAUACAUACAGCUAAAUGUGAUUUUCCCGAAAAUGUGCAGUGCAUGAUCGAUCGACCAAAUGCGAAUAAAUGUUUACCACAGGUCACCGACUUCUUUCCGCAUCCACAGAAAUGUAAUUAUUUCUAUUACUGCAUCAAAGGUUUUCUAACGGUGCAGCAAUGCCCUUUUUAUUACGGAUGGGACAUUGAAAGACGUUCUUGUGUGCUUCUUGACCAGGCAAAAUGUUUCGAAGGCUCGAGGCCCAGCAAUACGUCUUGUAGACAUUACAUAUACUGUGCUGGUGACGAAUCCUAUGAGGGCGAAUGCGCAGAUGGCGAUUAUUUUAAUGAACUAUUACAAACGUGUGAUCCCGAGCAUCUUGUCACCUGCCAGCUCUACAACACAAACAGCUCCAGUCCCAGCUCCAUGCAAACGGCACCAACCCAAGCUGCAAUGACCGCACCGGCCAAUUCAACAUUUUCUUCUACAGUAAUAGCAUCCAGCUCGUCAGCACCAACACAGACUACGACCAGUCAGACGAGCUCCGAUAACACGAACACCACAAGUGCGCUAAGUGAAUCUAUUGCAACUUCAGUGGCUCCGCCCGUAAAGGAGGGCGCUAUAGCCAUUAUAAUAUCAACCGAGUGUCCGUUAACGGAUAAUCCAAAUCAAAUGAUUUUCGUGCCACAUCCGAAAACUUGCUCAGAUUAUUUUAUUUGUUAUCGUGGCCAACAAAUGGCCAUGCACUGUUCUUCUAUGCUACAUUUUAAUUCCAAUACCGGGAAAUGUGAUUAUGCGGAGAACGUUCGGUGUCAGACUGUUUUCAGCAAUCCAAGAGAGCAAUGCCAGCUACAUACGACCGAUUUAUAUCCUCAUGAAACGAAUUGUAACUACUUCUAUUCCUGUCGCAAUGGCUAUCUUUUGCUGCAGCAAUGCCCCUUUAAAUAUGGCUGGGACUUUGAACGACGUGCUUGUACGGCGCUUCAGCAAGCAAUUGUGUACAUUUGUUUGGCCUGGACAACAAUAAUACAACAGUCCCAAUCAUAUACGUCAAUUUCCAUAACCCCGCAUAAGAAAGGCCGUCAAAACAAUAUAUGUCUAAACCACACCGCUGGAGAAUUCGAUAGAAAUCCCGAUGAUUGCCGGUCAUUCUACUUGUGUUUGGAAAAUGGACAGGCAGUGAUGGCGCCCUGCCCGCCGACUAUGCUAUUCAAUUCGGUCAGUAAACUCUGCGACACCGUCGAAAAUGUCAAUUGUGACAUUACUAUACCCAGUGGCAGUAAUAACAAUAACACUAAUAGUAAUAAUAACGGUAACACUGAUGAUGAUGACAACAGUGAAGCUUUAAGUGCUUCCCGAUAUUGUGCACUGCAAACUGUGCAAAAUCGCAUCGUUUUCGUUGGCAGCAAUAGUAAUUGCCAGCAAUACUUCAUAUGUUAUUAUGGGCAGGCGGUAUUGCAGGAAUGUAGUGCCAACCUACAUUGGAAUAAGAAAAUUGAUAAGUGCGACUUGCCCGAAAAAGCUGGUUGUGACAUGUGGAACGGCGACGUCGGUAUCGGCCAAUACACAACCGUCAACGAUAAUGGUGACAAUGCCAAUACCGCCGAUGCUCUAUCAAAUGGAAGUCAAUUUGGUGCACAAUCCACAAUUGCUGAACUAAUCAAUUGUCCUAUAUAUGGACAACAUGUAUUUCCGCAUAUGUCGCGUUGUGAGUAUUUUAUUUACUGUAUCAAGGGGCAUGCUUCAUUGCAAAAAUGUCCUUUUUACCACAAUUUCGAUAUUGUGUCGAAAAGCUGUAAAUGGCGCACAACCGCCGUUUGUGUUCGAGAUUUAAAUAUUAAUUUGAAUAAAUUAAUUGCUAAAUAAGCUGCAA